UGUGAUCACUGAAUAGGUAAGCAGAGUAAAACGCAGCAAGCAGCUGUUGCAUUUUCAGUACAGUGUUGUAUUAUACUUUGCGCCAAUUUCCUCCACACAGAGAACAGACAAACGAAAAUUGUUCUUUAUUGGACGCCAUUGAUUGGUCCAUUGUUGUAUCUGCCACCGCCCGCCACCUUCAUUGCCUUCACGGGAAGAGAAAGAAAGUGGGGGAAAAACAAAACUAAAGACAAGCCCAGCUUGAGUUGAAGCCAUUGGUGAAGGCCCAUCUCUUCAGAAUCAAGAACAAUGAGGGCUAUUUUCUUGAUUUUUCUGAUACUUUCGAGUGUUUUCUCACAAACAUUUGAGCAGCAGCACCAGCAGCCCAUCAAGACUAUUGUGGUAUUGGUGUUGGAGAACAGAUCGUUUGAUCACAUGCUUGGAUGGAUGAAGAAAUCUGUGAACCCUUCAAUCAAUGGGGUCACGGGAAAGGAAUGCAAUUCGGUUUCAGCCAAGGGAGAUAGUAAAAUUGUUGCAGAAAUGAUCUGUUUCUCUGAUGAUGCUGAGUAUGUGGAUCCAGACCCCGGCCACUCCUUUGAAGAUGUGGAGAAACAGGUUUUUGGUUCUUCCUCCUUCCCUUCAAUGUCUGGAUUUGUGGAGCAAGCGUUAACCAUGUCGGAGAAUUUAUCACAAACUGUUAUGAAGGGAUUUAGGCCUGAAAAUGUGCCGAUUUAUGCUGCUUUAGUUAGUGAAUUCGCGGUGUUUGAUAGAUGGUUUUCUUCAAUUCCAGGGCCGACACAGCCCAAUAGGCUGUUUGUGUAUUCUGCUACUUCUCAUGGAUCAACAAGCCAUGUGAAGAGGCAGUUGGCCACAGGGUACCCACAGCACACCAUAUUUGAUUCGCUUCACGAAAAUGGUUUGGAUUUCGGUAUCUAUUUCCAAAACGUUCCCACCACGUUGUUCUAUAGGAAUUUGAGGAAGUUGAAGUACAUUUUCAAGUUCCAUCAGUAUGAUUUGAAGUUCAAGAAAGAUGCUAGGAAUGGCAAGUUGCCUAGCUUGACUGUAAUCGAGCCGAGGUACUUUGAUUUGACGGGAUUGCCUGCAAACGAUGAUCAUCCUUCCCAUGAUGUUGCGAAUGGGCAAAAGUUGGUGAAAGAGGUUUAUGAGACAUUGAGGGCAAGUCCUCAGUGGAAUGAGACACUUUUAGUGAUUACAUAUGAUGAACAUGGUGGAUUCUAUGAUCAUGUACAAACACCAUAUGUUAAUGUCCCGAAUCCGGAUGGGAACACUGGACCAGCACCUUAUUUCUUUAAGUUUGAUAGGCUCGGUGUUCGUGUGCCCACUAUUAUGGUAUCUCCAUGGAUCAAGAAAGGAACUGUGAUAAGCAGGCCAAAAGGGCCAUCGCCAAAUUCUGAGUACGAGCACUCCUCCAUCCCAGCAACCAUAAAGAAGAUGUUCAACCUCUCCUCCCACUUCUUGACUCAUAGAGAUGCUUGGGCUGGAACGUUUGAGCAUGUUGUCGGUCAAUUAACCUCCCCAAGAACUGAUUGUCCUGAGGUUUUACCUGAGGUGGUCCCUUUAAGAAAGACAGGAACUGAUGAAAAUAGGGGCUUGUCCGAGUUUCAGAACGAGGUGGUGCAAUUGGCUGCUGUUCUCAACGGCGAUCAUUUCUUGAGCAGCUUCCCGGGUGAAACGGGGAAGAAGAUGAAUGUUAAGGAAGCCCAUGAAUACGUAAGAGGUGCCGUCUCAAGGUUCAUAAGGGCAAGCAAAGAGGCUAGCAAAUUGGGAGCGGAUCCGUCUGCCAUUGUCGACAUGCGCUCUUCUCUAACUACCAGGUCCUCCAUCCACAACUAAGUUAAUUCCCUCAACUGAUCUCCGGUUUUGUGAGCCAUUCCUUUCAUGUCUAUAUAUAUAUAGUAAUUCUUUGGCUGUGUAGUUCUCUAAACUCAUAUCUUGUAUCUAGAAAAGCUUGAGAUGUUGGUUUCGUUGCACUCAUGAUCAAGUGAAUUAAUAUUUUCCAUGAUCAUCUACAUGGGAGCUUUGAGUUUUCAGCCUGCUAUUGUUUGAAUGUCAUGUUAAUGUAGAAGAUCAUGGUAAGGUUA